UCUGGAGGGUUCCCCCACCCGAGGGAGCUCCGGCGAGGCGCCCGCCGCGCCCCGCUGCUGAGACCCGCCCGAGCUCGGGGGACCCGAGGCCUCCGAUUUCGGCGGGGGUCCCCCAACCUUGCGCUGCCCCGAGGCUGCGGGGGUGAAUUCGGGUAGGAAGCUUGCGUCGUGGUGGAAACUAGGAACCGCCAGACUGAGGAAGCUUGCGUGGCUGGGGAAAUGGAGACGGGGACGUGGGCCGGCUGGGGGGAGUGGGGCAGGAGACCUCUUCCUAGCGGGAAGGUCUCUGCCACUCUGUGGUUUUUUUGUUUGGUUUGUUUUUUAUUUUACUCUGCUGAAUUUUAUUUUGCAUCCCAAAGUGACGUCCCAUAUAGGUGAAAGUAGCAACUUUUCCUCUGACUCUGACCACACACCCUAUCUUUUUUCUUCCCCAGUGCUGGUUUUCAUAGGUUGUGGAUCAUGUUGAAGAGACACCUACGUUGAAGUUACACAGUGGUGGGUGGGGGCUUGUAGCUCAUAUUUAGGGUAAUUCUCUGAUGAAAGGACAGCUAUUAGAACUGGACUUGGUCCUCUGUGUCUUUAUUUUGGGAAACGUUGCCUGGUCCCUAUGGGGGAGGGGAGAGAGAUGUGAGAAGUUGAAACUGACCCAGAAAAGGAUGACUGAAGGUAGUUGUAUUAAGUAGUGGCGCUGAAAAGGUCCCAUCCUGAACUUCCUGAAAGGGGACUGGUGAUGAGCAGUUAAGGUUUUACUUUCUCAAAACAAACUUAUGGUAGAUUUUAUAUCUUGUCACAGGGGAUGGGGCGCUGCUUUUUUUUGGGGGGGGGUCAACUCUUUUAUUUUAAAGCAAGAUACACUCAAUAUCUAAAAUAUUUCCUGUAUAUACUGAAAAUGAUCCUUCUCUCUCCUGCUCCUUCUCUCCCCCGCCCUUUCCCCUGUCCCACAGGCAUUCUCCUUGAGUAUUUACUGAGCACUCUCCAAGGGUGAGGCUGACUCUAACCCACAUGAGUCCUCCAGGGGCUCACCCUGACACCUUAACAUGGGGAUGAGUGCGAUGACAGGGGAAGGUCAAGCCAAGCGCAGAGAAACUGUUCUCCAGGAAGUGAGAAAUGAGAGAUGAUUACAGACAAUAGUCUGGGGAGGGACUGGGUUGGAGCAGGGGUUGAGUGGAGGGGGGCAAAAAAGGAAGAAAAUGAGAGACAUCUGUCAUACUGUCAACAACAACAGCAAAUGUGAAAAAGAAAACAGAGGCAUAAAUGAUAUUGGACAUAGUGCUUUGCCCCCUCCCCACACAAAAAAAUAAAUCUCAAAAGGUGAAGAAUUUUCAAAAUAAAGUGUAGGCUAUAGCAAAUAAACUUUAUAUUUCACUAAAGUGGAGAUCGAGUUUCCCUUUUAUAAAAGACUGAUUCAAAUGAUGAGACUGUAGGAAAAGAAAAUAACUUUCUCUCAAAUAUAGCACAGGUUGAAUCAUAACUCAUGGGUUUUGAAAUGGGUCAUCUUUUAAAAUGGGUCACUUUGGCUAGAAUCAUUGCACUUGGUGACUUUCAAAUUGAAAAAGUGGAGUUCUUUCUGAGGAUCAGCUGCACUAGAAUCUACGUAACAAAACAGGACAUGGUAGUAGAAAGAAACCGGGAGAAAUUCAGAAAGAACAGUGUGUAACUCUAGACCAGUGGUUCUCAACCUUCCUAAUGCUGCGACCCUUUAAUACAGUUCCUCAUGUUGUGGUGACCCCCAAUUUCAUUGUUACAAAUUGAACAUAAUUAAAGCAUAGUGAUUAAUCACAAAAACAACAUGUAAUUAUACAUGUGUUUUCCGAUGGUCUUAGGCGACCCCUGUGAAAGGGUCGUUCGACCCCCAAAGGGGUCGCGACCCACAGGUUGAGAACCGCUGAUCUAGAUGAUCACAGUAUGCAUACACAGGGUGAGGCAAAAGUAGGUUUACAAUUGUUUGUAUAAAAAAUAAUAAAAUAAUAAAUAAUAAUACAAGACUAAACUCUGUUUCUUGUAUUUACAACUGUAAACCUACUUUUGUCCCGCCUCGUACAUAGGUAUAAGUAUCUUAUCAUGUUUAAAGAUAAGAAAGUUGGUCUAGUGAGAUGACCAAAGUUUUUUUUAAAUCCUCAACUGAGGAUAUGUUUUUAUUGAUUUUAAAGAGAGAAUGGAAGAGAGAAACAUGGACUGGUGGCCUCCAAUAGGCGCCCCCAACUGUAUGCACCGAACUACAUAUCCUGACCAGGGAUCAAACCUGCAACCUAGGUAUGUGGCCUGACUGGGAAUCGAACCUGCAGCCUUUUUGGUGUACAGGUUGAUGCUUCAACCAACUGAGCCACCCAGCCAGGGCAAGAUAAUCACACUUUGAAUAAACAAAAGUGAUUUUUUACAUUUUAAUGCCGGAAUUUCAGAGGCUGACUUUGAUCUGAAAUUUUUACGAUUAUCGUCCAUAGUGAAGGCUUUGACACUCUCAGAAGCCAGUUUUCUACAGAAAGGAAUGAAUGUUCUACCAAUUCUGCAGGUGGAGUCCAGGCUGCACCAGAACGUUUACUCGCUCUGGUAAUGGAUACACGCUGGAAGCAUCACUGAAGCCUUCCUGGCAUCCCACCUACCACACAGCUACACUUAACUUCCGCAGAAGGAAGUACAUGGGAUACCUGCUCGAAGCCAGCCACCGAACUCGAUGAAGGAUGCCGGCGUGGGAACAUAUUGAUGUGCCAGUGUCCUCAUUCUAUAGCGUGUUCCAUUCUUUUGCAAGCUCAGCAAAAAUGGUCUUCAAAGAAAACAUUUUGUGACAUAAGAAGCUCCUUUUACAUUUGUAACGACCAGCCUGUCUUAAGAUGACCAUCGGCUCUACAGAGUACGAAGCUCUGCGGUCUCGAAGAAGCACAUGCCCAUUUAACACGGAGCCUAACUAAGAACGGACGUCAGAAUGUUUGUUAGUGGCAGAAGAGUGAAAAAAUGGCAGUUUGUCCAGUUAUUUGCCACUUGUUUCAUACUGAGCCUCAUGUUUUUUUGGGAACCAUUUGAUAACCACAUUGUGAGCCAUAUGAAAUCCUACUCUUACAGAUACCUCAUAAACAGCUACGACUUUGUGAAUGAGAGCCUGUCUCUCAAGCGCAGCGAGGAUGGGGCGCCUCGCUACCAGUACUGGAUUAACCACAAGGAGAAGUGCCAAGCACAGGAUGUCCUCCUAUUACUGUUUGUAAAGACUGCUCCUGAAAACUACGACCGACGUUCUACAAUCAGGAAAACGUGGGGCAAUGAGAAGUAUGUUCGGUCUCAACUUAAUGCCAACAUCAAAACUCUGUUUGCCUUAGGAACGCCUUCGAACCCACUGACGAGAGAAAAACUGCAAAGGAAAUUGGUUUGGGAAGACCAGAUAUACAAUGAUAUCAUUCAGCAAGACUUUGCUGAUUCUUUCUACAAUCUGACUCUUAAAUUACGUAUGCAAUUCAGUUGGGCAAAUACCUUUUGUCCACAUGCUAAAUUCCUUAUGACUGCUGAUGAUGACAUAUUUAUUCACAUGCCAAACCUUAUUGAAUACCUCCAAAGUUUAGAACAGAUGGGUGUUCAAGACUUUUGGAUUGGUCGUGUUCACCGUGGUGCCCCUCCCGUUAGAAACAAACAGAGCAAAUACUAUGUCUCCUAUGAAAUGUACCAGUGGCCAGCUUACCCGGACUACACUGCUGGGGCUGCUUACGUGAUCUCUAGUGAUGUAGCUGCCAAAGUCUACGAGGCCUCACAGACACUCAACUCUAGUCUCUACAUUGAUGAUGUGUUCAUGGGCCUCUGUGCCAAUAAAAUGGGGAUAGUACCACAAGACCAUGUGUUUUUCUCUGGGGAAGGGAAAACUCCUUAUCAUCCCUGCAUCUACAAUAAAAUGAUGACAUCUCAUGGACAUGUUCAAGAUCUUCAGGACCUUUGGGAGGAUGCCACAGACCCUAAAGUGAAAACAGUUGCAAAUGGUUUUUUUGGCCAGGUAUACUGCAGGAUAAUGAAAAUAGUUCUCCUUUGCAAGUUGACCUAUGUGGACACAUAUCCCUGUAGGGCUGCCUUUGUCUAAUAGUACUUGAAUGUUGUAUGUUUCCACUGUCACUGAGCCAAACCUGGAUGAAAAACCUUUAAAUGUUGGUCUAUACCUUAAGUGAACGAUGAAUAUGAACAAAACAAAGAAAUAUUUUGAAAGUGCAGUCUCUCAGAAUUUUUCUUUGAUUGUAGAAGCUAUUCAGUAUAACUUAUCUACUUCAUUGCCUAAAUCCAUUUCAAGGAAUUUAUAUUUAGAAAAGGCUUGUGAAAACAAAACUAAAGGGGAAUUCAAGUUCUCAAUGCCACACAUAUAUCUGCAGCAUAAAGAAGUUAUUAAGGAACCACAGUGUUAGUAGAAUAACUGCAUUGGAAAGUACCAACCGAGUGUAGAGUAUACCAUUUCAAAGAAAGGAAUAUAUUGUUAAACUAGGUAUACAAGUUAAUUUUUAUUAAAGAGCACUUGAUGGAAAUGGUGGGGGCAGUGGAGGAUUGGCAUAAGAGAAAGUACUGCAUCUGGUAAAGGCAAGCCUCAUAUUUUUCAGAGGAGAUUUAGGAAAAUGUAUAGCAGGUCCUCACAUAACCUGGUUUUGUCAAGCAUCAUUUUGUUACAGCAUUGAUGAGAUUUUGUAGGAACUUGACUCUUGUUUAUAUCAAUUAGCCUAUUGUAAAAAUUUUUCAUUAUACGUUGUUCCACUGCAGUUCCAACUUACCGAUAAUGUUAAAUGAGGACUUCCUGUACACAAUUUCUUUAUAAACAGCCAAAUCACUAUUGUCACAUCCAUGUAGAUAGUAUUGGGGCCAUUUAAAACAUAUUUAUGUCUUUUUCCAAAGUUUAAUGUAAAACUGGAGAAGUCAUUAGCUCUGCCCUAACUGGUACUCUCUAUAUAUUUAUCAUUAGAAAAUGACAUAAAACAUGGCAGCUUGCUACCCAUAGGGUCCUUCUGUAAGAAGAAAUCAUUGUUUAUUCAAAUAAGCUGAUAUUAAUUUUAAUUCAAUGAAUUUUUCAACUGGUUCUUAAAUAUUCAAUAUCGGUCUGUUUUUAAGGUAGUUAUUUGAAUGUAGUUUGCAUAGAGGCAUAAUAUUAUGAAGACUUCAAAAGGAAAGGUAGAACAUUAAAAACUUAUUUUCUCUAUAAAUUAUAAAAUAAAAUUCUUAAUAUCUAAAUUAUUGUAAUGGUUACUAAAAUUAGCCUACUUCUCCCCAACAGGUUUCAUAAACCACAGUAUUUUGUUCCAGUUUCAGAUUUUAAAAUUGAGAGUAUUAAACGUCACACCAAAACUAAAGUAUCUUCAAAAAAUCGAUUUCAUCAAAACAACCAUUAGACGUAUCUUUGACUUUUAAGUAUUUCAAACUUGAAGUCAGAAUGAAAGUUGUCAGAAUGAGAUUGAAAGCAUUUGUAAAGCCAUAUGUCCCUUAUAAUCCAGGAGAUGUGGCUGAGAUAGAACAGAGGGAGUUUCAUUUCUUUUACAGAGCAGGGUAGAAAGGUGGUCUUGGUGCUAACAGCUUCCCCGCACUGCAGAAAGAACGGGGUGAUGCCUAUUAUUAGGGGGAUCAUCUGAAAGCCAAAAUAGCGACCUCAGCGAAAGCAGUUGUACCGAUUAUAGAAUCUGUCUGCAGAGGUGCUUGUUAGGGAAAAUGAAGAGUCUCUCGUGUACUUAGAUGAGGUCUGAAACAUGGAAAACAAAAGAAAACUAAAAAAAGAAUCCUCAGUAAACACAACUAGAUGAUGGCAUAUACAAUUAUUUUUUGCAGGUAGCUUUUUAGUAUUUACAGAAAUCUUUUUCUCUGUUUUGAACAUUGAGGCUUGUUUAUGUUGAUUGCUGAGAUAAUUCAGAAUUCUUAACUAAUGUCAAAACUACAGUGUCAACCAUUGUAGUUUAUAGUUCCCUUCAGAGUAGAUUCGGGUUUUUUAGAUUACAGCUUGAAAUUUGCGACCAAUUUAAAAAACUGGGGAGAAUAAAAGCACAGUUUGAUAAAGCAGAUGUAUAAUUAAUUUUCAUUAGUUGCGUCUUUAUAUAACAGCUUGCCUUUUGGCCAUACACACCCUGUGUAGCUAUACUUGUAACUGUCUAAAUUUUUCAUUGGUUGAAAAUAUCAGCAUCUCCCUGGCCAUUGAAACUAUCUCGUUUGUUUACAGCAAUACUUCUGUGAAACAGUUAUUUAUUUGUGAAAGAGCUCUCCUCAACUGUGUUCAUCUUUUUCCUUUUUGCUGACAAUAGAACAGAUUUAAAUUUGCAGGCCCUUCCUUUUUGAAUAAGAAGGAAGUUGCCAGAUGCUUCUUUCAUCAGACUUAAAGUACUGAGAAGACUAUUUGUAAAUACAAUAUAAGGAUUCCUGCCUUUUAAAAAGGAAGGUACAACUUUGGUGCUCCAAUGCAGGGCUGUCUGAAAACUCAUAAACGAAGGAAAAAUAAACAAUCAGCCUGGAUGGUCACUUGGGUAGAAGACGGUUGUACACAGUGUUAUUGCUAAAAACGUUUUACCUCUUGGUUGGUUCGCAUCUUUUUUUCUUUCAUAUUAUUAAUUUGAUACCAAAAUGUUAAAUAUUUAUAUUAUUUGAAUUUUGCUUAUAUGUUAAAAUAAUUAGUGGUGUUUUUUUUUUUUAAAUAAAUCUGUGAUUUACAAUAAACAACUUGGAAAUUGUCA